AUGGCCACGAUCGCUCAGCUCGCUCGCCCCUCCAUCCGCCACUUUUCAGCCCACCGCCCGCGCCCUGAUUCUCGCAUCGCACGUGCCAUCAGCCUGGGCUGCAUUGUAUCGGGCGUAGUGUUGCCAUUUGUGCCACCCGCCCUUGAGAGUUCCCGCCAGCGAAACUCAGGUCUUACUUCUGUGGGAAAGAACCCCCCACUUUGCUUCCACGCCCGGUAG